GCUCAGUUAAGGAUUAGCAAUUGCUGAUUUCACAAAUGAUCAUCUCGAUCAAAAAAUGUGCUCUCAAAUUUUUUGAGCUUCAUCUACAAAUGUAAAUCUCUAAUCAGAGAAUAUCCACAUUAGCAAAUACCAACGAAAAAGUGAAGUGGAGUCAUCCGGCGUAAUCAAACAAACUAGUAGCGAAAAGCUGUGAUGGCAAGAUUUGAGAGCUACUUAGGGUUUGUUGUUUUAAUGGUCGUGGCAGUGGGAUUUUUGUCAGUUUCUUUUAUCCAGACCGAGCCAAAGUUGGAAUCCCCUCAGAUUUUCUUCAAUUCAAGUGAAACGAUGACACCGACAGUGUCAAGUCUGAGUGAUGCUAGUCAAGAGAGGCUGGACCAACUCUUCAGCUUGCUUCGAGAACAAGUUACUUCAUUGUCGCAUGUGCAGAAAUGUUUGGACUUAGUUUUGGACGGAAAAACCGACAACGAACAAAAUGGUUGUCCAACCCAUGAGUUUGUGAUGACCACAUUUGAUGCAGGUGGAUUAGGCAAUAAAAUGAGUGAAUAUGCCACCUUACUGGCGAUAUCAACCUUAACAGGAUUCACCCCAGUCUUGAGCGAGGACCAUUACAACGUUUUGAUUGAGGUAUUCCCGUCCAUCCCGUUCAAUGGAUCACAAAUCAGCAAAUCUUGCAUGGAAGCAGCAAAACCCUUAAAUCCAGGAAAUUUGCCGGAGACAAUGGCUUUCUUGGCCACACGUCCUCAAGAUCGAAUGCGUAAUAUUCGUUUGAAUACAUAUCCCAACGCAGUGUUCUACUAUGACAAGGUCAAAGGAAUCCUAAAAGAUCACUUUACUUUUAUGCCAAAAGUGGCUGAGCCGGCGGAAGAAUUUUUGCGUGCCGUUCGAGACCAAAUCAAGUCUACGGUUUCUGAACCAGUUUGGGUUGGUGUUCAUGUCCGUAGGACGAACUACAAACACCAUUUAAAUGUGACCCAAAAUGGUACCUUGGUGACACUUGAAUACUUCCAAAGAGCCAUGGUUAAGCUCAAAGAGACACUAAAAGUUUCCAAUCCAAGUUUUGAUCCAUCAAAUCUGGUGUACGUGGUGUCAUCUGAUGAUGUGCCUUGGAUCAAGACUAAUUUUCGAACUUUGGCCAAGGCUGAGAUCAUAAUUUACGCUGCCGAUGCCUGGAAGGGCUCAUUUAAAUUUCAACCAAAAUUUCUCGAUAUGUGCAUCAUGUCCAAAUGCAAUCACUCCAUCUUCGACUAUGGUACAUUUGGAUUCUGGGGUGCUUACUUGGCCGAUGGGCACACAAUAUUGUCUCAUAAUAUCGGCUCAAUGGAAAACAGCGAAGUGGAGAACAUCAAACCUGCAAAAUUAUCAAACUGGCACUUCAUUGAUGCUCACGGAGCAUGAACAACCACACAACAUGAUAUCAUUUUGCUUAAUUUAAUUUGCAAUUAAUAACUAAUUGCAAAUAUUUCAAGGAAUUCCAUUUUUUCACAUCUUUCAAAUCAAAAGCCCUUGCAAUAGUCUAGUUUCAUCAAUAGUAAGGAUACUCAAAUGAAUUCCUUAGAUCAUGCAGUAAACAUCCAAUUGCAAAGUUGUUGGCAAAACAAUCUCAAUCUGGAAUUUUUACUUUUUUGAUUUGAUUACCUAGGUGCUCUUUCACCAUUUUUCACGGAGACCAAACCGGGGGUAAAAGCAAAUGCUGCUAAGUAAGUUCUUUUGCCAAUGAAUCGUGAGAUUCCUGUUGUACAUUUCAGAAAGAGCCUCAAUUUCUAGGACUUCUACGCACAAAUAAGUCAAACAGGAACAAUGGGUUAAUGAGAGAGCGAGCUCUGCUAUUAGGACUACUAGAGCUCUGAGGACAUACUAAGACAACUGGGAUUGUACAGUUGUACAGUAUUCAAUGAUGGUACAAGGGAGGAUCGGACAGUACGUUUUCAAAUUGACUCAUGAGCUUUGUCCUCACCCAGGUUUUAGGGGCAAUUGUAGUAACCUUAGCAAACGUACAGGUUUGGUAACGGCUCGUGAGCAAUCCAUGACCUCGCUCAAUAACAUUAUCGUGGGGCCGUGUGCAAGUUAUGUAAAAGAUCGAUUGACUAAAUAAAGGUUUCAUUGUGUUGACUUUA